UACGGGGAAGAGAAAGGGUGUAGCGCCUUCUUCCCAAAAAGAAGAAGAAAGGGCAUAGCUACCGCAGGGUUCAGUGGUGGAAGAAGAAGAAGAAGAAGAAGAAGAAUCGGGGAGUCAAGACAAUGGCGGAUGAAGCUAAACUGGUCUGUGUCACCGGUGGCAGCGGCUGCAUCGGCUCCUGGCUCGUCCGUCUCCUCCUCGAGCGCGGUUACACUGUUCAUGCUACCGUCCAAAACCUCAAGGAUGAAACUGAGACGAAGCAUCUGCAAGCGCUUGAAGGAGCUGAGACACGGCUCCGUCUGUUCCAGAUAGACCUCCUCGACUACGACUCUUUAGUCUCCGCCAUCAGUGGCUGCUCCGGCGUCUUCCACCUCGCCUCUCCCUGCAUCGUCGAUCAGGUUCACGAUCCUGAGAAGGAGCUUCUUGAUCCGGCAAUCAAAGGAACAACUAACGUACUGAGGGCAGCCAAGACAGUCGGAGUAAAGCGAGUGGUUGUAACUUCCUCCACCUCCGCCAUCACGCCUAGCCCUUCCUGGCCUGCUGAUAAAGUCAAGAAUGAAGAUUGUUGGACUGAUGUCGACUACUGCAAGCACAACGGGUUAUGGUAUUCCCUGUCGAAGACGUUGGCCGAGAAGGCUGCUUGGGACAUUGCACAAGAGGAAGGAUUGGAUGUGGUUGUGGUGAAUCCUGGAACUGUCAUGGGCCCUGUGAUUCCUCCGAGACUGAAUGCGAGCAUGUUGAUGCUUGUGCGCCUUCUGCAGGGUGGCACGGAAACAUAUGAGGACAUUUUCAUGGGAUGUUCUCAUUUUAAAGAUGUUGCACGCGCACAUAUACUGGUGUAUGAGAAUAAGUCAGCCACUGGAAGGCACUUGUGCGUCGAAGCUAUAUCACAUUAUGGUGAUUUUGUUGCAAAGGUUGCUGAACUUUACCCGGAGUACAGUGUCCCCAAGUUACCGAGAGACACUCAACCCGGGCUGCUGAGAGUGAAGGAUGGAGGGAAGAAGCUGAUGGAGUUGGGUAUGGAGUUCAUUCCAAUGGAGCAGAUCAUCAGGGAUGCUGUUGAGAGCUUGAAGAGCGAGGGGUUCAUCUCUUGAAUCAAACUCUUACAUUGCAUGGGUCCCCCAGUCACUAAGGUUAUGGCCUUCUUGUAGGUCCGUCGGAGAAGGCCAACUGUUAUAGCGUGUUGUAUCUUUUCUUCAACGAAAUAAGCGACCCUUAAGUAAUAAGGGAUGCUGUUGAGAGCUUGAAGGGCAAGGGGUUCAUCUCUUGAAUCAAACUCUUGGAUGGCAUAGGUCUCCCUGCAUGGCCUUCUUGUAGGUCGGACUGAGAAGGCCAACUGUUAAUAGUGUGUUGUAUCUUUUGUUCAAUGAAAUAAGCGACCGUCAAGUAAUCUUUUUAUUGGAAAUUCAACUGAGUUUUCCAUGGAUGUA